CAAUAUGAAAGAAUAAUUACGCAAGGGUUGUAUUUACAUAACUUUACAAAUAGGGACAAUCCAAAUAAUGGCCUAAAAAGGACAUUUGCGUAAAUCCACUAAAAUAAAAGGCCAUGACAAAAAAAAUAAAGGGAAAAAAAGAAUUUUUGAAAUUAAAAUUAAAAAAUAUGUUUGGAAGACAAGAGUGCUUGCACAUGAUUUUCACUUUUAAAAAAGGUUGAAAUUUUAUGAGUGAACCAUUAUUUCACUUGUCAGAUCAAUUUUUCUACUUGAAGUUCAAGUUAAAAUAAUUGAUCAAAUUCUAAAAUAAGCGUUUAUUUAAAAAUAAUAUUUCGAAGUUUGAAGUUGAUAUAAUGAGGAUACUUUAUACUCAAACUAAUAACAUGUGGGAAACAAAAAAACCAAAGAACAACAAAGUCGCCUAAAUUUCCGAAUCAACCAUUGUUUUAAUUCACUAUCUUCCUAACUUCAAUCCUCCUCUCUGUUUUUGCCUUCCAAAUUCAUCUUCCACAUAAGUAAAAACUUCUCUCAUUUGAUAGACAAAAAAAAAAUAAAAAAUUAAAGCUGAGAGAGAAAUAAUGAAUUUACAGCAAUGGACACCACCUUGUAACAAGCAAUGCACCAAUAAAUUCUCGGCUCUCACCCAAAUUCCUUGGAGAGUUUUCUGCAAAAAGGCCUGUGAUGCUGAUGGCGAUACAUGGGAGGAAUGUUUGGAACAAUGUGAUGAGAUGUGCUAUAAGAGUGCUGUUCUGAAGGAUAAACAAUGGAGUGCUUAUAUUGAUCGUGCCCCCGGUUCUGCUAGCUAUUCCGAGGAUUGUCAUCGUGCUUGUGCAGCUGGUUGUGGUUUCAAGUUUGAUAUUCCUUCUGAGGAAGUAGAUAAAAUCCAAUCAAGCAGGUCCUCCAAGCUACCUGCAGAAGAGGAGCCAGCUGAUAAAAAGAAGUCAACAUAAAUACAAUGCAGAACUUUUGUGACAUUUCCCACAAAUGAUUGUGUAAUGUUCAAGAAUAGCAAUUAGUAUACAUAAUUUAUUCUACUAGGGGAUUACUCCUUUAAUUCAAAGAUUUGUUCUACAGCAGAUAACAUGGGGUGAAAGUUGAGUUUUGAGAUUUAUAGCUUCAUUAGCAUUUUACUUAUGCAUGUGAAAGUGCUGAUUUUUUGUAUAAUAUUUACUGUGAAAUUUUCUGCAAAACAUAACAGAAGAGAAAUUUUCACCAGGUUGUCCUUUUUGGGACAGCUGUUUAGUAAAUGACCAU